AUGAGGGUCAACAAAGUUUCCCUCUCAGAGAAAAGAGCUGUGAAAUCUGAGGAUUUGGGGCAAAAUCUGGGAGCGUCACUGAUAUCUCGUCCUUUGUUCCAGCUGCUGCAGGAACACUUCUUCACUUUUGUGAGCAACGAGUUGAAAAAUAUGAAGAAAGCCUUGGAUCUGGAUUCCUCAGAAUACUUUCGGAGUCUGAGUGAAGGCGAUGAUGAAGAACGGAUGAGAGGCAAAAGAGAGCCGUUUCUGAAGCUUACACUCCAUUUUCUGAGGGAACUGAAUGAGGACGGGCUGGCUGACCGUCUGCAGAGCCACACUGAGGCUGUCAUUUGUCAACGUAAACUUAAAGCGAGGCUGAGGGAGAACUGCCAACAUCUGUUUGAGGGCAUUGCGAAAACAGGAAGUCAAACAGCUUUCAGUGAGAUCUACACCGAGCAAGACAUCACCGAGGCGAAGGACGAGGAUCCCAACCAGUUUCCCGAGUUUGAUCAUAUUGAGGCAGUUUUCAGGAAAAACGUCAGGCCACAGAAGAAGAUCCAGCAGUGUGAGCUGUUCAAACCUGAUGGACACAAGGCCGUCAGAACAGUGCUGACCAGAGGCGUGGCUGGCAUCGGGAAAACCGUCCUCACACAGAAGUUCACUCUGGAUUGGGCCGAAGACAAGCUCAACCAAGACAUCGACUUCAUAUUUCCAUUCAACUUCAGAGAGCUGAACAUGCUGAGAGAGAAGCACUUCAGCCUGGUGGAGCUGCUUCUCCACUUCUUCCCAGUAACUACAGAAGGAAUCUGCCGAUUGGAAGACUUCCGGGUUCUGUUCAUCCUGAACGGUCUGGACGAGUGUCGACUCCGUCUGGACUUCCACCGUAACAAGGUCCAGACGGACCCUCGAGUGUCCACCUCACUCGAUGGUCUUCUGACGAACCUGAUCUGGGGAAAGCUGCUUCCUUCUGCACUCAUCUGGAUUACCACCCGGCCUGCGGCAGCCAAUCACAUCCCUGCUGGGUGUGUCCACAGGGUGACGGAGGUUCAAGGCUUCAGCGACCCUCAGAAGGAGGAGUACUUCAGAAAGAGGUUCAGAGAGCCCAAGCAGGCCAGCAGGAUCAUCUCCCACAUCCAGAUGUCUCGGACCCUUCACAUCCUGUGCCACAUCCCGGGUUUCUGCUGGAUCACUGCCGCCGUUCUGGAGAAAGUCCUGCGGAGUGGGGACGAAGGAGAGCUGCCCAGGACCUUGACUGAGAUGUUCAUCUACAUCUUGGUGAUGCAGACGGAACUGAAGAAGGUCAAGUAUGACGGAGGAGCCGAAACAGACUCACCCUGGACUACGCAGACUACCGCGAUGAUCACCUCUCUGGGGAAACUGGCUUUUGACCAGCUGCAAAAAGGCAACCUGAUCUUCUACGAGUCGGACCUGAAGGAGUGUGGCAUCGAUAUCAGGGCCGCCUCAGUCUACUCCGGACUCUUUACACAGAUCUUUAAAGAGCAGAAAGGGGUGGGCCAAAUUCAGGUCUUUACCUUCCUCCACCUGAGCUUCCAGGAGUUCCUUGCUGCUCUUUAUGCCCAUGUGACCUUCACCAACCAUGGAGUGAACAUACUGAAGGGACAAACUUCAAGUCCCACCAAGACCUGUGAGACAAAGAGAGAUGUGACUGCUCAGAUCCAGUUCUACCAGGACACUGUGGACGAGGUCUUGAAGGCCCCACGUGGACGCCUGGACUUGUUCCUCCAGUUCCUUCUGGGUCUUUCAAUGAAAUCGAAUCAGUUGCAUCUCCAAGGCCUGCUGCCACAGACAGCAAGUCCACUGGCCAGACAGGAGACCGUCCAGCACAUCAAGAGCAAGAUGACUGCAGAUCUUCCAGCGGAGAGGAGCACUUUUCUGUUCCACUGUCUGAACGAGCUGAACGAUCGCUCCCUGGAGGACCAGGUCCAAGGUUACCUGAGAGCAGGACGCCUCACCGCCGACGCUCUUUCCCAUGCUCAGUGGUCAGCUCUGGUCUUCAUCCUGCUGUCGUCAGAGGAAAACCUGGACCGAUUUGACCUGAAACAGUAUGGCGCCUCAGAGGAGGCCUUCCGGAAUUUACUGCCCAUCGUCAGAACCUGUAAUGAAGCUCUGCUGAGUGGCUGUAAUCUGUCCCAGGAAAGCUGUGGACUUCUGUCCAACAUCAUCAGCUCUCAGUCCUGCAGUCUGAAGGAGCUGGACCUGAGUAACAACGACCUGAGGGACUCGGGAGUCCAGCUGCUCUCUGAAGGACUGAAGGGACCACUCUGUGAACUGGAAGCUCUCAGACUGUCAGGCUGUCUGAUCACAGAGAAAGGCUGCCGGGAUCUGGCCUCGGCUCUGACCUCCACCCGGACCCGUCUGAAAGAGCUGGACCUAAGCUACAAUGACCUGGGAGAGGCGGGACCGGAGCUCUGUCGUGCCGUCCAGGAUCUCAAGCGGGACCAAAGAUCAUCAGUCAGACUGUGGGUGGAGCCUGGUGGAGCCCGCUGGAUGACCCCAGGUCUGAAGAAGUACUGGUGUGACCUGGAACUGGACUGCAACACGGUCUACAGAUGGAUCAAGCUGUCCGAAGACCGCAGGACGGCCUGGCACGUGGGGGAGGACCAGCGGUACCCCCAUCACUCAGACAGGUUCGACUGCUACCCUCAGCUGCUGUGCAGGAACCAGCUGACGGCCCGCUCGUACUGGGAGGUGGACUGGAAAGGAAAGCUUCUUGUGUCCGUCAGCUACGGAGGAAUCCCCCGGAAGAGGAGCACUUCCCAGGGGGUCUUAGGAAAGACCGGUCAGUCCUGGAGUCUGAAGUGCUCCGAGCAAGGCGGGUUCUCUUUCUGCCACAAUCAGAAAACAACACCCAUCUCCUCCACCUCCUCCACCCCCUCAGCCUCCAACAGAGUGGCUGUGUACGUGGACCGUCCUGCUGGGACGCUGUCCUUCUACAGAGUGUCCUCGGGGAGGCCGAUCCACCUCUACACUGUCUCCACUGAGUUCACAGAGCCUCUGUAUGCCGGCUUCAGGUUUGGACUUGAGUCCGGCUCGGAGUCCUCCAUGUCUUUGUGCUCACUGCAGCAGGAAUGA